AUGCCAUCCAUUGCUCGCAAGCUCCUCAUCUGCGCAGCGAUAGAUGGGCUUAUAAUACAGCCACUCUCUUCCAAAGGCCAACGACCUUUUCAGCCAGUUCGACUCAAAUAUGGCGACGCCUCAAUCUCUCAUGUUCCGCGUGAACAUGUCCCUGAUGAUUCUAAGCCAGAUUCUUCUUUUGAAGCUUUUGGAGUGAUUGUCUCGAAGUUGAAUUAUCUUGUGACUAUUACACGGCGCCAACAAGUCGCACAAAUCUGCGGCCACCCCAUCUAUGUCGUUACCGAAGUCGCCCUUACACCAUGCACAUCCAAGGCUAGCGCUGAAGAAUCAAUAAGGAGGACCUCGGGCCACCUGUCACGCCAAGCACAAGACUCAGGGAACGAGAGUGAUAGCAGCGAUGAAGAUGUUGAACUGCCCUCAAGAACGUCAGACGAAGUAGAAGACGCCGUUGUUGAGGACGAAGAUGCAAGGCCUGGGUCGGCUAGAAGCCGUGUCGCUGAAGAUGUCAUUCGCAGGAGGGGCAGCUACGGGCGCUUUGCCCAACGUUGGUUCAGCCGAAGUGGCUGGACUCUGGAUCAAAAGAGGAAUAUGGGUUUGAGCAAUUCAUCCAGGGUUCCAGAAAACAAUGCUCCUGCGACUGAGUCGUCCUCAGAGAAUACACAAGAGAAGCUCGAUAAGGUCGUGCCCAAAGAGCCCGAAUUAUUGCCAAAGCUUUUGCGAACCGCCCAUGUUCUCUUUGGUUCAUCGCGGAGUUUCUACUUCUCUUACGACGUCGACCUCACUCGCUCUCUCAGUGACGGAUCGAUACCCCCGAACAGCGAGCGCCCUCUCCACAGCCAGGCAGACGAGGUCUUCUUUUGGAACCGGAAUCUCAUGAAACCUUUCCUAUCAAGCGGACAAGAUUCUCUAGCAUUGCCGGUGAUUCAAGGAUUUGUUGGACAGAGGGCCUUCAUCGUCGAUAGUCAGCCUCCCCAGAGCGAUGAUACCGGCAAGGAUUCCGUCGAACUCUCCAAUCUUUCAUCUUCAAAAGAGCUGCAAGCUUCUCCACAAAUGCUAAGUUCCAGGGCAUCCAUAGACCUUGGCUCUUCGGAAAGAAAGUAUCUAAUCACUGUGAUAUCGCGCCGGUCCACAAAACGAGCUGGCCUGCGGUAUCUGCGUCGUGGCAUUGAUCAGGAUGGUUUUGUUGCGAAUAUGGUUGAAACCGAACAGCUUCUUUCUACACCAACGUGGGACCCAUCUUCAAAGAUAUACUCAUUUCUGCAGGUUAGGGGAAGCAUUCCCCUAUUCUUCACACAGUCGCCAUAUGCUUUCAAACCUACUCCUAUUCGGCAACACUCCGAGGAGGCCAAUCAAGCUGCGUGUCGCAGUCAUUUCGAAAGUCUUUCCAGGAAUUAUGGCCACUUGCAGAUAAUCAAUCUCGUCGAAAAGCAUGGGGUCGAGUCCAUCAUCGGUUCUGCAUAUGAGACAGCCGUGGAAGAAAUCAACAAGAAUGCCAGCGAAGAUCAAAAGAUACCUUUCGAAUGGUUUGAUUUCCAUGCUGCUUGUAGAGGCAUGAAGUUUGAGAAUGUCAGCAUGCUGUUAGAUCAGUUGAGGGACAAGAUCGAGGGCUUUGGAAGCACUGUUCAAGCGGACGGGAAGCAAUUGGCUCGACAGCAAGGUGUUUUCCGAACCAACUGUAUGGACUGCCUUGACCGAACCAACGUCUGCCAGAGUUCAUUCGCAAAGCAUAUGCUGGAAGUUCAACUCAAGGAGGAAGGGUUUGACAUGAGCGCGCAGUCUGAUCAAGUGACUUCUUGGUUCAACACCCUCUGGGCGGACAAUGGCGACGCUGUGUCAAAACAGUACGCAUCGACAGCAGCCAUGAAGGGCGACUACACAAGAACGCGGAAGAGAGAUUAUCGUGGUGCGUUGAAUGAUUUGGGUCUCGGUCUUGCUAGAUACUAUAGUGGCAUGGUCAACGACUACUUCAGCCAAGCAGCCAUUGAUUUCCUCCUCGGCAACGUAACAGCCAAAAUCUUCGAAGAGUUUGAGAGUGACAUGAUGACGAAGGAUCCAGCGGUAUCCGUCAUCAAGAUGAGAGAACUGGCCGUCGAAUUAUGCCAGAAGCGAGUCAUAGCCGAUGAGAAGGAAGAGUUCCACGGCGGCUGGGUUCUCCUGAGUCCUACUACACCUGAUGCUAUCAAGUCCUGGCCGCUCGAAGAGGUUGUUCUGUUAUUGACAGAUACAGCUCUCUAUUCAUGCCGUUUUGACUGGAAGUCUGACAAGGUAUCAUCCUUUGAGCGUGUCGAGCUCGAUAGCAUCACAGGCAUCAAGUACGGCACUUAUAUUACAUCCACCAUCUCCCUUUCCCACAUCGACGAGAUUAGGAACGCCGGCUUUGUGGUGACAUAUAGCCCUGGCAAGAGUGACAUCCGCAGGACCAACACGCGAACCUUUUCAAGUCGCGGCGAGAUGACAGGUGAGGAGAUUGCUACCGAACAAAAGGAUGCCAGCAUUCCCGCCAGCCUAGCCAACUUGCUUACCAGCAAAUCCUCGUCUGCUUCGUCACCGAGCGUUCGCCGCCUGGUCUUCAAGGCGACAAAUGUGGAUUCCUCUGUCGCUAUUGUGGGCGAUGAUGGCCCUACGCAGACAGAGACUCAGCAGGUUUCCACCAUUUGCGGUGACAUUGAGCGGCUGGCGCUGGAGAGACAGGCGGAGCAUCCGGGCGAAGAGAGGAAGAGGCUUAUCGAGACCGGCCCCAUCAUUUCUCUAGAGGAGGCCAAGAAGAACACAGGGCUGUUAGAACAGCUAGGACACUCACUCAAGAAGAUGGUGUGGGCUUGA